AUGGAGCUUCCAGCCGUCACUCUUCUCAUCCUAGCCAUAGCCGGCCUCACCACUGCCCUGGAAGUCACCCCGGGAUCACGGUGUGCAGUAGAAUGCCUCGACUCGCCUGGUGGAAACGACUUCAGUGCCUCGGACUCGACCACGACGGUCGACGACAUCAGCUGCAAAGACCUGGACUACUCGACCACCGAUGCCGGCAUCAAGUUCAGAAAGUGCCUGGACUGCUUGCAACAUAGCAAGAAGGUUGACAAGACCGAGUCGGACCUGAAAUGGUACAUAUGUACGGCUCAAGACUCUGGGACCCCGUGCGCCUGGCGUAUGUCGUCAAAGACUGACAGACAAGUGGCAGAUAAUCUACGAUAUACCCUCACCACAUGCAUGUACGCCGCGCCCAAGGCCGUGAAAAACGGCACCGUGGCAGCUCAAUGCAAUAUAGACAAGGCCUGCAUGGCCAUGAAGGAGCCGUUGAUAGAGCCAGGUUUCAACGCCAACCCAAACACCACCUGGGAUUACUGCACCGCCAACAACGGUGCCUUCAUGGGGCCGAACCUCUCGCCAUGUAUAAGUUGUCUCCAAGCAACCGAGGGGGAAGCCUAUCUCUCCAACUUCCUGGCUGCGCUCGAGGCCGGUUGCAAACAAGCUCCAGAAGACGGUGCGAUUCUCUCUCUCAGCGGAAGCGUCUUCACCACCUCCCCCAUCAACACGACGGACCCCUCUGCCAACGACCAAGCGAAUCAGUCCAGCGGCAGCCUCUCGCCCAGCGCCAUCGCCGGCAUCGCCAUAGGCGUGUUCCUCAUAUUCCUCCUGGCCGCUGCCCUCCUCGUAGUCCACUUCCGCCGCGAACGGUCCUGGAACGAGUGGGAACAGUCCUGCUACUACUCCAACUUCCCCCCGCCAGCCGCGUACACAGAACAGCCCAUGUCGCAAGCUUACCGUCGCUACUACACCGGCAACGCCUUCAGCGAAAAGGCGCACCCAGCACAGCCCAACUCCAGCGGCGAAUACUACGACCGCGUCGAGGCAGAACUAGCCGCCUCCGCAAGGCAAAACAAGCAAGCCAACUCGGCACCGCAUAGCCACGUCUCAUCCAGCCCGACCAUCCAUAACCAGGACGAGACCCUACCCGCGAGCAGCGUGUGCCGGUCCCGCUCCUUCGGCCACGUCACUCCAGCGCGAACACCCUCGCCGCCGGCGGAAACUCACACCCACCGCCGCUCAAACACACCAGACUCGUUUGCCGUCCAGGCCUAUCUAAACGCCGCCGAGGAUUCCGCCCGGCUGGCCGCUCGAAAAUCCCUCCAUCCCACCAGCUACGCCCCAGAGCCGCAAAGCAAGAGAACUACAGCCAUUUCUACCCCUUAUCUGCCGUAUAUGCCCAAGCUUCGAAUACCCAAGAUAUUUAUCAACAGAGAGGGACCCAGGGAUGUGCGUCAAAUGCAAAUCUCGCCGCCGUUGAUGACGCACGACCCCAGGUUUCACGAUAUACCCAUGUCUGGACCGGUGGCCAUGUCGAGAGAUCGAGCGCCGCCCCCGUUGGUCAAUGUUGCCAGGCAGGAUGGCUAUAUCGAAGUUCCUUUGAGAAGCGGGAAAAGCACUCUGUACGGCUACUGA